AUGAACAAUCUUAAAAACUUAGAUAACUUCUACCAAGAGAAUGAUGGUAAUCUGUCGCUUUCCCUGGAGGCUUCCUUUAGAAAUGAUGGCAAAGACAAAGGCGAUAAUGAUGAUUUGGGCAAUUUCCUUAAUGAUCCUGAUGACUUGAAUAUUGGUGUAACUAACCAAUCCAAAGAUUAAGAGUAAGAUGAAGAUGAGGAAGAUGUCAACCCUUUGGAUCAGGCCGUCGACUAGGCAGAUCUAAUUUCAGAGGAAGAAGCAGCCUCAGCUAAAAAUAAUGGCUAAAUACACUUGGGUGAUGAUUUUUAAGAGGUAGAAUAUGCAAAUAAUCAGCAUAUCCUGAACUCCAAUCUAAACUAACCGGAUAUAGCUUAAAUGAGUUUCCUGAAGGAAUUUGAGCAAUUUCAGAAUAAGGAGCAAUAAAAAGGCAAUGAAAAAAAUGGGGGUGACAAGAGCAAUCGGCAAAAAAGAAAUAGUUCUCGGUUGAGAAACAACCACUCAGGCAAGGGCAGAUAGUAGCAUGACAUUGAUGUAGAAGAUGACAACAUGAUUAGGUCUAAUUUUAUGUGCUGCUACAUUGAAUAGCCAAGAGAAGAUGGCAUGGAUAAUAAUGAAGAGGGGAAAUAAUAGAAAAGAGUAGGUUUAAAUUGCAUAUUAUUCUGA